UUCCUUCUUCCGGCCAUAGUAUAAAAAGUUAAACUCUUGAAUCCUUUGUCAUUUUUUAAGGAUUUGUCUUUCACAAAUCCCGGCAUUGAUUUGAAUCGCAUUUGCACCCCUCUACUCGAGCCUCAUCGAAAAGUACAAAAUAUUGGAUGACGAGAGGAAUUGCUUUCUAUUUUUGCUGGCCAUACAACAGGCAAGAAGGGAAUGCAAAUUUACAUGGGAUCGAUCGAAGUCCCAGUCACAGCGUAGAAAUAAGCCGGGUGCUGUUGUGCAAGCUUACGCGUCUUCUCAUUUACCUUUCCGUUUGAAGCUGGCGAUCUCUCAACUACCACGCCCGUUGAAGAGGCCUUGUGGUAUGAUAUUUUCAUUUUCACAAGUCAUAAUUACAAGCAAAGUAACCCAGUUGUGUGCGGCAAAAGGCCGAAGGAACAAACGAUGGUUGGGUUUUCAGUGAGUUCGGCGUUCGAUUCCAAAUCUGGGCAGAUGAUAAUGAUAGCUUUGCUGCUCAUGAUUGUCUCCUUUUAUGCGGGCACCCUUUUUGGCAACAAUGUUCCCAUUUACGCAUCCCAGCUUCUCUCCAAUUCUUCUAUUCGUUCUUCAUCUAGCUCUGCAAAUUAUGUGAUUAGUACUAAAAUGUUUCUUACUAUUUUAGGCACAUCAAGAUUCACUAACAGAAUUGCUCUGACUUAUCGCAAAACGCCCCCACUGAUUCCUGAAACUGGGAUGGAUGUAUGCCCUUUGAAGUACAACGAGUAUAUUCCCUGUCAUGAUUUUUCCUAUGUGGCAACGCUCCAAAACGUCGAUUAUUCUAGAAAAGAAGAACUGGAGAGGCACUGUCCUCCCCUUGAAAAGCGCUUGUUUUGCUUAGUUCCGCCACCGAAGGAUUAUAAAACACCUAUUAGAUGGCCUAUCAGCAGGGACUAUGUUUGGCGAAGCAAUGUGAAUCAUUCAGUUCUGGCAGAUGUCAAAGCAGGCCAAAAUUGGGUGCAUGAGAAGGGUCAGCUCUGGUGGUUUCCCGGGGGUGGUACCCAUUUCAAGCAUGGAGCACCUGAGUACAUUCAAAGGUUAGGAGCUAUGAUAACAAGUGGUAAGGGUGAUCUGCGUUCUGCAGGGGUGACCCAAGUUCUGGAUGUCGGUUGUGGCGUGGCCAGUUUUUCUGCUUAUCUUCUUCCCUUGGGACAAACAAUGUCUUUUGCACCCAAGGAUGUUCAUGAGAAUCAAAUUCAAUUCGCAUUAGAGCGAGGAAUUGCUGCAAUGAUUGCUGCAUUAGCCACAAGACAACUACCAUACCCUUCUAGUUCAUUUGAGCUGAUUCACUGCUCGCGAUGCCGUAUAGACUGGCAUGAAAAUGAUGGGAUUUUGUUAAAAGAGCUGAAUCGCCUUCUUCGUUCUAAGGGGUAUUUUGUCUACUCAGCUCCCCCUGCUUAUAAGAGAGAUAAAGACUUUCCUGUCAUUUGGGAUAAGGUGAUGACCCUGACAACAGCAAUGUGCUGGAGGCUCAUUGCCCGAAAAAUUCAGACAGCCAUAUGGAUUAAAGAUGAUGAGCCCUCAUGCCUCCGGCAAAAUGCAGAACAAAAGCUUAUAAGUCUCUGUGAUGCCGUAGAUGAUUCUAAGCCUUCAUGGAAUAUCCCGCUGAGGAACUGUCUACAAGUUAGAAAUUCUCAUGGAGAGUCUCACAAGCUUCCUCCACAACGUCAGCGCCUUUCCGUGUUUUCUGAGAGCCUGAGCAAGAUAGGUAUAAACCAAGAUGAAUUUACAUCAGACAGUAGCUUCUGGGAAGAUCAAAUUCGCCAGUACUGGAAACUGAUGAAUAUCAAAGAGACAGGAGUACGCAAUGUGAUGGAUAUGAAUGCCUAUUUCGGUGGCUUUGCAGCAGCACUGAAUAACUUUCCUGUUUGGGUGAUGAAUGUAGUUCCUGCUAGCAUGAACAAUACUUUAUCUGGAAUUUAUGACCGAGGACUCAUUGGAACUUAUCAUGAUUGGUGUGAUCCAUUCUCAAGCUAUCCUCGAACAUAUGAUUUGGUGCACGCCUACCACCUCUUCUCCCACUACGAUAACCAGCAAGAAAGAUGCUUACUGGAGGAUAUCUUACUUGAGAUGGAUCGUCUAAUUCGCCCCCUGGGAUUCAUCAUCAUUAGGGAUGAGGAUCAUAUUUUGUCAAGAAUCCAAGAGAUUGCCCCAAAAUUUUUAUGGGAUGUGGAGUCACAUUCUCUACAGAACAAAGAGAAGAAGAUGGAAACCGCUUUAAUUUGUAGAAAAAAGUUUUGGGCAAUCGUCUAAGGUAUAUUAAUUUGACCAUUUCGUAUAGGUGAGAUUAAAAGGGCAAAAGAAGGUGAAUUGAGGGAAAUUUGAAUAAAAACUCACUGAACUAGAAGCCCCUCCAUCUUUCCUCUCAUGUAGGUCCAGUGACCCUGGUCAUUCUCUACUCUCUAGGUGGUGUUCGGCAUGUUAAAAAAAAACAUUUUGAAAUAUUUGGAAAUUAAUUUAUAAAAUGUGCGAUUAUAACGA